GUAAGACCGCAAGGGCAAAUGGUGGAGACUCGAGACGAAAGUCUUACCACAUGAAAGGAUUUGGGUUAAGGCGUUUCAUGUAAGCCUUAUCGUUAGAAGAAAAAAAAUGUUGGAGAGUAUUAACCUCAUCUCCUGCAACUUCUCUCGCUUUCCUCAUCUAAAACCCUCCAGAAAAGCCCAAUCCCUAAGGCAACCCCUAAACCUCACCCUUGUCCAAUCAAGAGCUCCUAGAAUUCUCCUUGGCAACAACAGAUGGCAAUUCACGAAGCACGAGAAGAAGAAAGGUCUCUUCCAUUUCCAUGUGUGCAGAAGCUCACUAAACAACCCAGAUCCAGACAAGACUGAAAUUCAAGAUGAAGGAAGAGACUGGACGAGCUCUGUAUUGCUUUUCGCUCUCUGGGGUGCUCUUCUUUACUAUUGCUUCAACCUUGCUCCUGAUCAAACCCCAACACAAGACUUGUACUUUCUGAAAAAGCUGUUGAAUUUGAAAGGCGAUGAUGGUUUUAGAAUGAACCAGAUCCUUGUUGGUUUAUGGUAUAUAAUGGGUUUAUGGCCUGUGUUGUACGCUAUGCUCUUGCUUCCCACUGGUCGAAGUAAAACUCAGGCGUGGCCUUUCGUGGUGCUUUCCUUCUUUGGUGGCGUCUACGCUUUGCUACCUUAUUUUGCACUGUGGAAUCCACCUUCUCCUCCUAUCUCAGAGUCUGAGCUUACAAAAUGGCCUUUCAAUGUUCUGGAAUCAAAAGUAACUGCUGGGGUAACUCUUGUUGCAGGCCUGGGUUUAAUUCUUUACUCUGUAGUUGGUAACCCCGGUGACUUGAAAGAGUUUUAUCAGUACUUUCGUGAGAGCAAAUUCAUACAUGUCACGAGUCUAGAUUUCUGCUUACUCUCUGCUUUUGCUCCGUUUUGGGUUUACAAUGACAUGACCGCCAGAAAAUGGUUUGAUAAAGGCCGUUGGCUGUUACCUGUAUCCGUGGUGCCAUUCUUGGGACCUUCUCUGUAUCUUCUCUUACGACCAGCAUUGUCAGAGACAACGGCUCCCACAGAUUCUGCAUCAUCUUCUGACCCAAAUCAAUAGCAACAUCACGAUUGGAUUUUGUUGAUGACUAUUUCAGCUCCUUGCAUAUUUUUAGAUUCGGUAUCCACAAUGGGUUUUUACUCCCUUUUGUUGCCCUCUAAAGGUUGCCCUGUUAUUUGAUGGAGUUAGAAUGAGAAAUAUUGUAUUACAAGGGAGAGAACUGACAAAGUUUUCUAUAAAUGUUAAUGAAAGGAAAGUCAAACCCAAAAUUGUCAAAAGUUAUAUAUAUAUAUUAGGCAAACAACUUCUAGAGUUCAUCUUUGAACUUGACCUUCA